AUGGAGUCGCACGCUGGAUAAGUAAUGUAGCGGCACACUGUGUAAACUAGGGGGCGCUGACUCUUUAAAGCAACUUCCGGCCAAAGACCUGCGUCAAUCCUAAAGCUGCCACCACUGUUAUGGCUGGUAUUCUGUGUCGGAGAGUCCAGUUGCUGGGCAGAAGAAUCGCACACUCUGUCUGUGGGUCUCAGGCUGUCUCCCAUCGAUGGCAAUCUUCAGCUGUAGAUCCAUUGGUUCAAGUACCCAGGGAAGGUGCAAUAAAUGCCCCCCUGCAGACUUACACCGAAGAAGAGACCAUGAUAAAGGAAAUGGUUAAGAAAUUUGCUCAUGAGCGGAUUGCACCACUGGUAAAAACUAUGGACGCCAACUCAAAAAUGGACAACUCCGUCAUUGAGGGACUGUUCGAAUUAGGGCUCAUGGGCGUUGAGGUUGACCCAAGUUACGGCGGCACCGGGGCUUCUUUCUUUUCCUCCAUUCUUGUCGUCGAGGAAUUGGCCAAGGUGGAUCCAUCAGUAUCAGUCAUGUGUGAUAUUCAGAACACUCUCAUCAACAUGCUGUUCCAACGACUAGGCACAGAGGAGCAAAAGGAAACCUACCUGCCCCGGCUCUGCAGAGACACGCUGGGCAGUUUCUGCCUCUCCGAGGCCGAGUCUGGAAGUGAUGCCUUUUCCCUGAGAACCAACGCCCAGAAGCACAAGGAUUAUUAUAUCAUUAACGGUUCCAAGAUGUGGAUCAGUAACUCGGAGCAAGCUGGUGUCUUCCUUGUAAUGGCCAAUGCCAACCCCUCUGCUGGGUACAAAGGUAUCACAUGUUUCAUUGUCCCUAAAGACACUGAAGGGUUUCACAUUGGAAAGAAGGAAGAUAAGCUGGGACUGAGAGCUUCUUCCACCUGCUCACUGACCUUUGAUAAUGUCAAGGUCCCAGAGUCCAGCAUAUUGGGGCAGCUUGGUCAUGGAUAUAAAUAUGCCAUAGGAAUGCUCAAUGAAGGCCGAAUUGGCAUUGCAGCACAGAUGUUAGGGCUGGCACAGGGAUGUUUUGAUCAUACGAUCCCAUAUACCAAGCAGAGGGUGCAGUUUGGCAAGAGAAUAAUUGAUUUCCAGGGCAUGCAGCAUCAGAUCUCACAAGUGGCAACACAGCUGGAGGCGACUCGCUUGCUCACCUACAAUGCGGCCAGGCUGAAGGAAGCAGGGAGGGACUUUAAAAAGGAGGCGUGCAUGGCCAAGUACUUUGCCUCGGAGGUGGCCUGCUUAACCACCAGCAAAUGCAUCGAGUGGAUGGGGGGAGUGGGAUACACCAAAGACUACCCCAUCGAAAAAUAUUUUCGAGAUUCCAAAAUUGGUACAAUCUAUGAAGGAACGUCCAACAUCCAGCUGACUACUAUUGCCAAGAUGAUUGAGCAGGAGUACUGAGGGAGUAUUGUUACUCUCAGUGUGAAUUAAUAAGAAGACAGCAGGGGAAUGUACAAUAAGGUCUCAUCUUCUGGAGUAGAUUGGAACAAAAUGGUAGCACUUUUUAUCAGAUUGUGGCCUUAUAAGGCGCCCUGUCCUGUCCACGUAGAGCCAAUGUUGUUACUAUCCUUCCUUCAGACUCUAGUAGUAUCUGAAUACUUCAUAUAUUUUAUAUAUUCGUAGCAGAGUUGAUGUUCUGGACAGUUACAGUCUACAUUAUGAAUCUGCUUUUGUAACCCAAUUUACAGUUUGUGAAACCAUCAGAUGUGAAGCGUUUCUGUGUGGGACAAGGUGAAUAUAGAACACUAUGGGGCAGAUUUAUUAAGGGUCGAAGUGAAAAUCAAAUUUUUUCUUGGGUGAAAA